AUGUCAUCCAUGAAACGGAAGUUUUACGAGAGGGUCAGUCAGGCCUGCGAUAUGUGCCGCAGGAAGAAGAUGAAGUGCAAUCAAAAGCUCCCGUGCCAAACAUGCAAAGAUCGUGGCUUUCAUUGUGUAUAUUCAGAGCGGAAGUCACGACGAACCAAUUCGUCUCGACCGGUUGGGGGUGCCUGUCGGGUGGACGAGUCGCCCCUGGCCGACAUCCGCUCCCAUGAUCGGUCCGAAGGAGCGAGACCGAGUGAGAUCGCCUAUGAUGCAGUACAGACAAGCAUGAGAAUAACACCCAGUGACAUACGGGAAGUGAACCACGAAGGGGUGGAAGGGAAGAAUGCGCACACGACCGGAACGGAGUUCUAUGGCAACAGCUCUAACUUUGCCCUGCUGAGCCAGCUCUUUGCAACGGCCAGAAAGCUCUCUGGAGAUUACUUAGAUAUGCCGAGGAUCCACCAUCCUGAUUCAGCUCCGCCGGCCCCGGUCACAGCGGCGGGAAGGACGUCUCAACUUCCUAAGGCCCCCGAUGCUGUGUCCAUCGGAAAGGAAUCUCCGCCGGCCACGAAGUCGACGGGUAUGGGUCGAGAUGUCACGGUGGGACUGGGACAAUCGGGCGUUUGGGAUUGCUUCAUUGGUAGUCCGAUGAGGCUAGAGAUGGAGUACGUCGAUCUCUUCUUCGACAAUAUCCAUAACUCGCUACCAUUCUUAGAAAGGAAGUCCUUCAUUGAACGAUGUGAGCAGGAAGUCUGGGUGAGGAGCACAGUCAAGCAGCUGCGGCGAGAUCAAAUGCACCUCUUUGCUCUUUACAAUGCAGUGCUAGCAGUAGUGUCGCUAACUGCCAGCCCUGAUGCCUUUCUUUCGCUACGGACUGAGCUUGAAGUUAGUUUGACUGAACGCUCAGCAUCUAAACCCCCAAGAGAGAUCCCUUCCUCUAUCUUCCUUUCCAAAAUUUACUUUCGCAGAGCGCGUCAGUUGCUAGGGGACAUUUUUGAGGUCUGUUCCAUUGAAAGCGCCCAGGCCCUUCUGUUACUAUCCAUAUAUUGCCAACAUGCGCUCAAGCCACAUGCCUGCUAUAUGUACAGUGGUAUGGCUGUGCGAACUGCACUUGCGAUCGGCAUUUCCCGCCAUGAUCGAUCCCAUUCUGAUCAUCACAAUUUGGCCAGGGCCCGAACUUGGUGGGCUAUUUACUACCAGGACGUCGAAGCAUCCUGUCUAUCUGGAAGAUCUAGUACAUUGGCAGGGCCAAAUGAAUACGGGCCGUCCUACAGCCGCAUGUCAGGAGAGCUCGCUCCAUCCGCCUCUCAGAAUCAUCCAGACGGGGAUGGAAGCGAAGGCGCGCUUGUGACUGUCUUAGCUGAUCUCUCGGCGAUAUUACAACGCGCAUCCAAGCGUUUAUACCAUUCCUCGAGUGCACUCUCACCGGAACGGAUGUCACAGUUGGCAACCACAUUGGACCAGGAUUUGCUUUGUUGGAAGCUCCAUUUGCCAAAGCAUCUUAACUUCGAUCUUGACACCUUCACCGAGAAUGAGUGGGUGAGCAAACAAAAGUUGAUCUUGCAACUACGUUUUCAUCACGCACGGAUAUUCAUUCACCGACCCUAUCUGUCCAUAGCAAGCAGCGAUAUCCAAGUCGACCACAGGCACAUCUGCCUGGAGGCCGCUCAGAAGACCAUCGCUCUAGCGUAUGAUGCCUAUCAGCAUCGCCACUACUUCCGAACAUGGUGGUACAACACCUUCUAUGUUCUCUAUGCCAGUUUGAUUAUUCUCCGGACCAUUCUUCUCGGAUACUCGCAAUCCUCAAUAGAGACAUGUAUUCAAAACGUGCAAAAGGCCGUGAAAAUCCUGGAGUCCAUGAAAACACUGAAAGUAGCCCAACGAUGCGCCGACGUGAUAACUGAAAUCCUCCACGUCUGGAAAUUCUCUCUGGAGCGAGCUACGAGAGAGCAUGAGGCGCCGAAUAUUCCCAUAGGUUGGGCUACAGCAACUCGUCAUUCCCGUGUCCCAAUCUCUGAGGGCAGCCUGCGACGUGAGGCUCUAUCUCAAAUGCCGAACCCUGAUCAGGAAGUCGUGUAUCUUGACUCGGCAUGUACUAAUCUUUUCUCGACACACGAUGAUCUUCUCACAUUUCUAGGAGAUCCAGCACCAUUAGAAUGUUUUGCACUCGGCGUGGGGAGUUGUAGCCCCAUGGACUUUGACUAUUCAGCUUCCGUCGAGGGCUAUAGGGGCAAUGCUUCUAUGUGA